ACAUUAGAUUCCUGUAGAUCAACUGCAGAAAAGAAGCAGUGAUCCAAGCCAUCCGUCAAAAGCGUAUAAGAAAAAGAAAAUUUCUCAAAACUUAAAUAAAUUUUAUUGUCGAUUUCAAUCAAUUUGUACCAAAAUGUUGUACUUAGAAGAUUAUUUGGAAAUGAUAGAGCAUUUGCCCCAAGAACUGAGGGAUCGAUUUACUGAAAUGCGCGAAAUGGAUUUACAAGUUCAAAAUACUACUGAUAGCAUUGAGGAGAGAAUUCGUGUUUUGUUUUGCAAUGCCAAAAAGCUGAAGACCCCGGAGAGAGAUGCUGAAUAUGAAAACAUUCGUAAAGACUACUUUAAAGUGUUGGAUGAUGCUGAUGAAAAGGUUCAACAAGCCAACCAAAUGUAUGAUUUGGUUGAUCGGUACCUACGUCGCUUGGACCAGGAACUUCACAAAUUCAAAAUGGAGCUGGAAGCUGACAACAGAGGAAUCACAGAAGUUCUUGAAAAGCGGUCACUCGAACUGGACAUGCAUAACGGAUCCCAUUCUCAAAAAGAGAAUCGCCAUGUUACUUCUCAUGCACGGGUAACGGAGAGAGAUCGUGAGAGAGAUGGAAGGCGCCAAAUUGGGGCAACGCAAAUGAAUCGGCAAAGUAGUACUGCUAGUCUACCGGCAAUGGAAAAAACAUGGUAUGGGGAGACUCCGUCCGCGUCUCAAGCGAUUCCUACUACUCCGCUGGCUGUUGCAGCUCCCAUUUCAGCUACUUUGGGUCAUAGCAGUUCGGGAAGUUCCGUCAUAGCUGCAGCUGCUUCCCAGGCAAUAGCUGCAACUCAGCAGAUGCAACAGGGUCGGCGCAGUGCAAGCAUGAAAGCGUCAUACGAAGCACUGCAACAAUUCACGCAGUCGACCGACGUCGGUGUUUUGGGCAUUACCCCUAGUCUUGCUCUCUCAUCCAGCGAUGCGCGAGAAGCAGCGGCCAACACAACUAUUCUGGCGUCCACUGCUACAAAGAAGCAGAAAAAGAGGCGAGAACCAGUCAUCGAACUGCCAGUUGCUGCAAAUGAACCAAUGGAGGUGGUUACUGAAGAAACCAUGGAAACCGAAGAGUCUGUUGAGGGCGAAUGGGCGCCGGACCCUAACGAACCCCGCUACUGUUUAUGUAAUCAAGUCAGUUACGGCGACAUGGUGGCUUGUGACAAUCCAGACUGCCCUCUAGAGUGGUUCCAUUACGCUUGCGUCGACAUAACAGCCCCUCCCAAAGGGAAAUGGUAUUGCCCUCGUUGUGCUACAUCGAUGAAACGGAGAGGAAGGAAGCAGUAAGCCGUGAUCACACGACUGUUGGCUUAUUUGAAAGGGUCGAGUCUUGUACUUGGUAUUGCUGUAUUAAGAUUAUUUAGAUGUCAGUGAAAUGCACGAUAAUGAACGUUUAUUGAUCCCCAUCAAAACUCUGAAACCCUUUCGUCCAAAUGAGGGGGAAAAAAGAAAGAAAAGCCAUGGAAGAAGCUAUCCCAUAAUUGGAACGCAGCACCACCGAUUCACUCUGGAUUUCACUGGAAAAUUCCAUCAUUCCCGCGCAGAUUUUUUUUCUCCUUUUUCUUUCUGGGGCAUCGUUUCUCGUUGCAAGUUUAUUUUAGGAACCUAAAUAUUAAGUCCCAACGAAAGAUUCGUUUUUUGUAUGUGUGUGUUUUUUUAUUUGGAAAUGUUGUAUUGAUUCAUGGAUUAAUGGAAUGCGAGGCCACGCAGUAUGUACAGCGGCAACAAUACAAGAAACGGUCGAGGGGAAUAAAA